AUGACUGACUUAAAUACAAAAGACAGAAAACGAGGCAGGUGUGGUUUGGUUAUUGAUGCGAAUCGGAGAGCUGAAUUGUCGAUAGCGAAAGCAUUUUCAGAAAUCCUCUCAGGAAAAAGCUUCUUGAAACUUUCCCAAGUGUUGCUAAAAGUUUAUUACUCGAACACUUCACACCGAAAAGAAUUUAAUAGACAUUGGUGGCAGAUUCCCAAAAGAGAAAUCUUUUCAUUUUUAUCAAUUUAUCAAAUAUUUGCUCGACUAGACUAA